AGUUGACGUCAGUUCGGCCGUUGGCAGCCAGUGAAACAAACAUGGCGACAGAUUCAAGUGGACUGGGCUUUCCUCUGACUUUAUUUGUGUUUUUUUGCGUGUUGGCGGCCAGGGAGACCGAGGCAGCGGUCCCGGAGUCACGGGGCGUAACUCGGAUAAUCGGCAUGCGGCUCGAGAAGAGCAACAGGCCGGCCGAGACCACCGAGACGGGAGUUAUUCAGGUGACCGAGGGCAGCGAGAUCUUCAUCAGGUUCUACGGACUCUACCUGUUUCCCAACAGCUCGGAACUCAUCAGAUUCGCCGAACUUUACGACAACGUUGGAGAGGACGAUCAGUUUGGCGCACGUGACGUUCAGUUAAACAGGACUUGUCCGGAACACUCCAAGGAUGUUUUAGUGAAUGGGCCCAUGCAGGUAAGCAACCAGAACACCGCCGGACUUGUCAACCUCACCAUCAAGCAGCUUCGGAAAAGUGAAAUGUCCAAAGUGUUCGGGCUGUGCGUCCUCCAACCCCAGGAGCAGAAGUGGAUCCUGCUGGAUGAUAAUGACGGCAGGCUGCGGGUGGUGGAGGAGGAGAAGUCCCUGCUGCCUAUUUGGCUGCAGGUGAUCCUCAUCUGCUGCCUGUUGGUGCUGUCCGGCAUGUUCAGCGGGCUCAACUUGGGGCUGAUGGCGCUGGACCCCAUGGAGCUCCGCAUCGUGCAGAGCUGCGGCACCGAGAAGGAGAAGAAAUACGCCCGAAAGAUCGAACCCAUCCGCAGGAAGGGGAACUACCUGCUCUGCUCGCUGUUGCUCGGCAACGUCCUGGUCAACACCACCCUCACCAUCCUCCUGGAUGACCUCACUAAAUCCGGACUCGGGGCCGUGGUGGCUUCCACCGUGGGCAUCGUGAUCUUUGGGGAGAUCGUCCCCCAGGCGCUGUGCUCCCGGCACGGCCUGGCAGUGGGUGCCAACACCAUCAUGCUCACCAAGCUCUUCAUGCUGCUCACCUUCCCUCUCUCCUGGCCCAUCAGCAAGCUGCUAGACUGCGUGCUGGGGCAGGAGAUCGGAACCGUCUACAACCGGGAGAAGCUGGUGGAAAUGCUGAAAGUGACCGAACCCUACAACGACCUGGUGAAAGAGGAGCUCAACAUGAUCCAAGGGGCGCUGGAGCUCAGGACCAAAACGGUGGAGGACGUGAUGACGCCUGUGAGCAACUGCUUCAUGAUCAGCAGUGAUGCUGUGCUCGACUUCAACACCAUGUCAGAGAUCAUGGAGAGCGGCUACACCCGGAUCCCUGUGUAUGAGGACGAGCGGUCCAACAUAGUGGACAUCCUCUUCGUCAAGGACCUGGCCUUUGUGGAUCCAGACGACUGCACCACCCUGAAGACCAUCACCAAGUUCUACAACCACCCAGUCCACUUUGUCUUCCAUGAUACCAAGCUGGAUGCCAUGCUGGAGGAGUUUAAGAAAGGGAAGUCCCAUCUGGCCAUUGUCCAGAAGGUGAACAAUGAGGGGGAGGGAGAUCCUUUCUACGAAGUGUUGGGGUUGGUCACGCUUGAAGAUGUGAUCGAGGAAAUCAUUAAAUCAGAGAUUCUGGACGAAUCAGACCAGUACACUGACAAUCGCACCAGGAAUAGAGUGGCGCCCAAUAAAAACAAGAGAGACUUUUCUGCCUUUAAACACGAGAGCGAAUCCAAGGUGAAGAUCUCUCCUCAGCUUCUGCUGGCUGCUCAUCGCUUCCUGGCCACAGAAGUGAGCUUGUUCAGCCCAAAUCAGAUCUCCGACAAGGUGCUACUCCGAAUCUUACGGCAUAACGAUGUCAUCCAGGAGAUCAAGUUUAAUGAAAACGACAAGCGAUCGCCUCAUCACUACGUCUAUCAAAGGGGCAAGGCUGUUGACUACUUCAUUCUCAUUCUGCAGGGCCGAGUUGAGGUAGAGGCCGGAAACGAGAACAUGAAGUUUGAGACGGGACCUUUCUCGUAUUAUGGAGUCAUGGCGCUCAAUGCUUCCAUGCAGGUGGCCGCACCUCGUCCUCGCCUCCUCUCCUUUAAGAGGUUUUCUCUGUUCUCUCGGUUACCAGGUAAAACAGUUUCCUAUGACUCACUGCGGCCCCCUACUGGACGUCUCACACCAACCGAGUUUCGCUCACCAUCCCACCUCAGCGGGUUGAACCGGACCGCCUCGCUGAGCGGCGCCGAUCGGACGGACUCUCUGGCCGUCAGCGGGAGCAACAGCCAGCUCAACAACAGCAUCCCUUUACAGCAGUACAUUCCCGACUUCAACGUCAGGGCCCUCACAGACCUGCAGUUUGUCAAGAUCACACGGGCUCAGUACCAGAACGGCCUGAUUGCUUCUCGCUUGGACAGCACACCUCAGUCCCCGGAGAGCAGCCACACAGCCCACCCGGAGGAGGCAACUCCACCAGCCAGCAUCACCAUCACGGACCUUGGAGCAGACUCCGCCCCUAUGGAGAACGGCCCAGACGAGACGACGCUCCUCCUCCUAAACGAGCAGACGCCGGCGCCUACGGCGAACCACCACAGUCAGCUGGAAAACAGCGUUUGACCCGGACCUCUCUCCCCUCCAUCUCCCUAGGUUUGCACACAUGCACUACUGAGCUCGGACGUUCGCUGAGGGGGGAGGGGAGUUGUUGGCACCAAUCACACCUUAGAAGUUCCAAAAAGACAAGCCAUGUGCGCGCAUAUCGUGUAGAUAUGCAGGGAUGCAAUUUAUCAAACAUACCCUAAUGAGCCAAAGCAUUACUGACAUGUCUUUGCAUACCCACAAGUUUUAUCUCUUGAAUGCAGCUCUGAAAUACAAUCAGACUGAAGGAGCAUUUAAAGGUAGCCCGAUAAUGAUUAAAGCAAUAAUCAAAUCAUCAUCAACAUUUAAUCAGAUGCAGCUGAAAUCAGUCAUAUGUCAGAAAAAAAAUGUUUUUUUUUUCUAGUAUAAAAUAAUAAAGCAUAUAAAGUUCUUUUUAUAAUUUUGGAAUAUUUAUGUCGAGUAAUGUUUUGGCUCAUCAGUGUGGAAAGGAAACUACCAAACGUUUGUGCCUCGAUCAUGUAAGCAGAGGAAACAUCAAGCUGUCGUCACUGAUAGCUCCUCUUUACCCACUCCGUGCCUCCGCCACCUCCGUUUCCGUGCCGCUUCCAGUUCAGAGACUCAGGGAGACUCCGCCCUCCUGGCUCCACCAAUCACGUUUCCAAGCAAUGGCGUCGCCGCUUGUGUUGCAGCCUGGAGCUCCUCUUCCCUUCAGCAUCCACACGGCGGAGCUCAGACCGGUUAUUAUAUGUUCCAUAGAGAUUUCUAGUAAAUAUUUAUUGAUGAACUCAGAUUGAGACGGACACUAAAGACUUUUUCUUUGUUUUGUUUUUGUAUCUCCAUAGCGAGGGAGUUACGACGGGAGUUUUCCUCCUCAUUUUUGCCUCCUGUGUAAAAACAGGGAUUAACCAGGAGCCUUUAUCCCAAAGUUGUGAAGAGAUUCACCACUGAUUGACAGCCAGUCUGUAUUCUGAUUAAAACAAUCUUCAUGAAUUCUAUGAAUGUGUUCAAUGAAAUGUGUAGGGUACGUUAACUGUGGCCGCUCUCGUCUCUGUGAAAGCUUUAGUUUUCAUGUUUCAAAGCUUCAUUCUGGCCUUUAUUCACAUCCAUCUGGUGCCAGUUCUAACAGGGAUGAGAGCAAAGAGACUUGACGGAUCUGGUCCUUCUUUUUAAAAGAGGCCGGGUCUUUUUCUUUUCUUUUGAUUUUUGUAUACUUGUGUGUGUGUAUGCGUGCGAGCAUGUGAGUGUUUAUUGGCGUGCGUCUGCGACCAAAAAUAGCCAUCAUUUGAUGGGAUCAGAAACCAAAAGAGGGAUGCUGCAUCACCUCCUAACUAAGAAUAUACUUUAAAGAAAUCAGAGACUUUAUUUAUUUACUUUAAGGCUUGUAUAUAUUUCUGCCUAUGAGGCGCAAAAAGAAAAAUUUUUAUUUUGCCUCAUUGUGAAUUUUUCUUUUUUUGUAUCUCUUGCCUGGGUUUCUUUUCUUUUUUUAAAUCUGGGGUAAUGGGAUAAUUAUACGGAACUGCAAAGAUGAAAAACACUCGGCCUGGGCCACAUUUUGUCACUUUUAUGAUAAACUGUUCUGUACGUUUUACUAUCAUCAUCAGCUCCUUUUUUCUUUUUUAUUUUGAACUGCAUACACUCCAGUUGUAUUUUACUGUAACUUCAAAAGAAAUUUUAAGCGGAAAACCAAUCAUAAAACGGAUAAAAUGAUCUUUCUUGUGGUGAGAUUUUUUUCUCUGAACAUUUUUUAUGUGCACAGAAACAUUUAGACUUUUAAGGCAUCCUUACCGACCGCUCAGAGCAGCCUGGUUUCUUUUCUAGUUUUUGUUCCCUUGGGAUCAGCUUAUGACAUGAUAAACUACUCACAAUUACUUUUGAAACUGAAAACAAAACAUGAGAAAAUUCUUAUUUCCCUGUUUUUGAGCUGAAAGAGCAAGGUUUUAUGUUUGUAGAACUUCCUGUGACUCAUUUUAUUUAUAUUUGGAAAAGCUUUAAUGUCACAAGCUUGAAACAGAAACAUUUUUCACUGUAGUUUGUGAGUAAAUGUCAGGCUCUCCCAGCGAGGAGCAUCACCUGAGGUUUGACACAUGGCUGAAGAACUAACUGGUUUCAGUUUGAGAUUGAUUUCUGUGGAAGAUGAAAGCAAGUAAUAGAAACUCUCUCAAAACAUACUUAACCUGAACAGAUUCAGAAUUUAAUUUGCAUAUUAAAAUACACCAUAUCUAUAUCUGUUUAAACUGGUUUGGAAUACGUUGUUAUUAUAAGUCCAAAAUUGUAGAAAUUAAGUUUAUUCACAGCACAUUUAUUUAUGCUACAGCCUUAUUCCAAAUGGUAUCG